AUGAAUCCUGGUAAUUGGAGUUUUAAUCCACAGGGCAUUACAAAAGACAUGACUAUGAAAUAUAAAAUGGAGGGCUGUGUCAAUGGACACCCCUUUACGAUCACAGGAGUUGGAAACGGAAACCCUUACGAAGGGAAACAGAAUGCCAAUUUUGAGGUCCAAGGGGGACCCCUUCCAUUCUCCUUUGACAUACUGUCGUCAGCAUUUAUGUAUGGAAACAGAUGCUUCACUAAGUAUCCUGCCAACAUACCUGACUAUUUCAAGCAAGCCUUUCCAGCUGGAAUGUCAUACGAAAGGACAUUCAUAUUUGAGGAUGGCGGAGUCCGAUAUUUCAGUCUCGAAGGCAAAUGCUUCCACCACAAAUCCAUGUUUCACGGCGUAAACUUUCCUGCUGACGGACCUAUAAUGAAAAAGGAGACAACUGGCUGGGACCCAUCCUUCGAAAAAAUGACUGUCUCUGAAGGGCUGUUGAAAGGUGAUGUGACUAUGUUCCUUGUGCUCAAAGGAGGUGGUUACCACAAAUGCCAGUUUCACACUACUUACAAAACAAAGCAGCCGAUCACACUGCCCCCAAAUCACGUUGUAGAACAUUACAUUGUCAGGACCGGUGAUGGCGACAAAGUCAACCUGGUAGAAAUUGCUGAGGCUCACGUUAACCCUUUGAAGGUUACAUAG